AUGAACGCGGGACGACGACGAGACGCGAGGACGUCGUUCGGACGCGCGACGACGACGCGGGCGACGCGGGCGACGCGCGCGACGACGACGACGACGACGGCGUUCCUGAACUUUGGCGGGAACAGGGCCGCCGCGGGGGGGGCGGUGGACGCGACGCCGUACGUGUGCGUCGACUGCGGGUACGUGUACAGGGGGGGGGACUUUAAGAAGUUGCCGAACUCGUACCGGUGCCCGACGUGCAACGUCGGGAAGAAUCGAUUCAAGGCGCAGGGAGGGUCGUCGAUGCUGGCGCAAAAGAAGGCGAACAAGGCGGCGUUUCGGGCGAGACGCGAGGCGGCGAGCAAGGGAGGGAAGGCGACGAGCGGACGCGAGGCGUUGAAGCAAAAGAUGAUGGACGCGCAGGCGGAGAAGGAUAAAAAGCGCGGGUGGUUUUAA